AUGACGCGUCGACCUGUUUUAAGUAGUAGUAAUCACAUGCGUCAACGUCGUCCUACGAGUGAAUUUCCUCGAACGUCAUUGGUCACUACUGUCUCCUCUAAUGCUCAUAAUCGACGUUUAAGUCUUGAUCAGAUCAAUGUCUCACCUGCGAUUUAUUGCGAUGGUUAUGCGCGUAUUAAACGCCGUAAUGUAUUGACUUGGACGACGCGUUUUCUGGUACUUCGUAACACAGAAUUGCGAUUGUAUCAUAACAAAAAGGACGCUAGCUUGUGUUGCAAUGUUAUUGAUUCAUUCGAGCUUGUUAGCGGUCGUGUGUCCUCGAAGAACGAUCUGGGCAUUGAAUUCUCGUUCAAGAACGGCCGUGAACUACUCGGUCGUGUCUUUAGUCGAUCUGAUCAAGCAGAAUGGGUGUCGGCCUUUUAUCAAUUGGCAAUGAAGAGUGACGUGCGUCGAAUGAAGAGCGUGUCCAUGGAUGUGGAUGAUAAGACUGCGGUUCAGAAGCGACGUGUUUCGUUUUUCGACAGUGUUCUUGUUCGAACAAUCCCAAUCGUACCAGACUACCAAGUACCAAACCUUUUUUACAGCAAGAAAGAUGUGGAAAAGUUCUCAGUCCAGGCUUUGAGUCUUCGGAGUCGCACAGAGGACGCUGUGUCACUGGUAUUCCGGAAACCUUCGUUAUCGUGGUACUGA